UAAUUAAUCGUAUUCCCUUUUAAAAUAUUAACGAAAUGCCAAGCGUUAACUUGAUAUUGUUUUUAUUCAUUAUAUGUGCAGCGUAUUCAAUUACCUACUGCGAUCACUGCUGCUUAAUCAAUCGCCAUGAGUUACCGCAAUACGAUCUAAUAAUGAACAAUUCGUGCUCGAGUCAACCGAUCAUAUCGCGAAAGAUAGUCUCCAACGUGAGCGAGUGCGCAAAAUUCGCCGCGUCGAAGAAAUCCCUCGCCUUCAAUUUUAUUUCCUCGAGAAACCGCACCGGUGGGCGAGAAAACUCGUGUCAAGCUCUUCAAUGUCCCGAAGAUUACAAUAUGACCACCCUCGUGGCUACUCCAAAUUGCAAUUAUUACAGCAUGUACCACAUUUUAUCUCCGCCCGUGAAUGCCACGAUGGAGUGUAUUCCCAAAGCGGGGAUGUUCAUGCUCUCGUCUGAAAGUCUGAAUUAUACGGAGGCACGAAGUUUCUGCCAGACGCAAAACGCAUCGCUCGCGCACAUAAUUAGCGAGGAGCGCACAGAAGGCCUCGGCAAAUUCGUGUCACAUAAUCUUACCAGAUUCGUGGGUCUGAGCAGUGAAAACAAGGAGAGAAUUUGGAAGAACGAAUUCGGCGAGUCCUUGUCUUGCUUCGACUAUCGAGCAUGGGGCGAGGGGGAACCGUCGUAUUCGAAGGGCUGUGUCGCUCUCACAAAGCUGCCUGCCAAAAACUCGCUGCCCUUCUGGAAAGUGAUACCUUGUCGCGCAUCGCUGCCGUUUAUCUGCGAACUCUCGCCGUUGUCUCCAGAAGAAUCGUCGAAGCAGCAGCGUCAUAAAACUCAUAAAAAUCAUCGUCGCACAUAAUACAAUUGUAUUUAAAUGCAAUUAUACAUUUUAAGAAGAAAUAACAAUUGUACGUGACAUAAAA